AUGUCAGCAAGGUGGGAUUGCUCUCACUUCCUCAGUAUCGCUUUGCGCACCCGUAGCAAAUUUGCCUUCAUCCCGGCCAACUACGACACGGUGGCCUCCUGGGAUGCGAUGGUGAAUCGGGUUCAAUCCUCUCCUGAAGCAAGGGCCUACACCGUUGCCAAUCCAUUCGGAUCUUUUGCUCCUGUUCGCAUCGACGGUCAAAUUAUAAUUGGCAUUGAUGGUGCCUCAUACAUGGCAUCAGUGGCAGAUGCAAUGGAGGCAGCUUGUCAAGAGAUCUUUAUCGCUGACUGGUGGCUCUCUCCCGAAAUCUACCUUAAACGACCCUACUCCGACGACUACUGGCGUCUGGAUAUUCUCCUUAAGCGGAAAGCCGAAGAGGGAGUCCGCAUUUGCGUUCUGAUUUACAAUGAAGUAAAGUUCAUCCUAAACAUCAAUAGCUACCACAGCAUGAAGACGCUCACUUCCUUGCAUAGGAACAUUCAUGUAAUUCGACAUCCCAGUCACGUCCGCGAUCGCACUUGGAUUUGGUCUCAUCACGAGAAAAUGGUUGUUGUAGACCAGUCGGUAGCCUUCGUCGGUGGAAUCGACCUCUGCUUCGGUCGUUGGGACCUUCCGGAUCAUCCAAUACUUGAUGUUGCUAACCACCGGUCUAAAUUCGAAGUGACCGAUUUGGCUUGCCUACCGUUGUCUGCAGCCUCCCUACCACUCCGAUUAACAUCGUUUGCGUAUCUGGAAGAAAAAAUUGGAGCCUUAACAAAUCCGUUUCGCCUCCUUCGAACGGACACACCAUUACCCGUUCGACGUUCCAAGUCGUUGAAUAAACCACCGCUACAGCAUUUCCCGCAGCAACAUAAGGGAGCUCAAAGACGAUCUCCGUCGGCCCUGAGUGCUGGUGAUUCUACCAAGUUUUCUGGUAAUAAAGAAGCCAUUCGGAUCCGCGAUGCUCAAAGGAGGAGCUGCUGCUCCAGCAUUUGUCCGGGCAAGAAGGAAAAUACAGAUCGGGACUGGUCUUUCGCCUCAACUGAAACGGACUUGCUGGCUUCGCAGGAUGGAAACUUCCUUUUUCCAGGAAAGGACUAUGUCAACUGGAUAUUCAAAGACCCCGAUGAUGUGGCUAAGCCAGAUGCAGUCUACAUCGAUCGAAAUGAGGUGCCACGAAUGCCCUGGCACGACGCUGGUGUCGGAUUAUCGGGCACAAUUGUCAGUGAUUUUGCUCGACACUUCAUUCAGCGGUGGAAUGUUCAUAGAGUGCGGGAGGUGAAGCGCAAGCGCAAGCAUGCUUCGACGUUGCGCAUACCGCCCAUCCUGCUGCCCACUCCGCCCCAUAAUACGCCCCUAGCCGCGCGCCUUCACGAGCUGGGCGGCAGCUGUAGCUCUGGCGGCAAGAGCGCACGGGCUGUGCGGAUGCAGGCGCUACGAUCCGCUAGCCACUGGUCCCUCGAGUCGACGCGCGGCGUUAAGGCGAACGACGUGACCACUGCCUCCUCAACGUCCUCACACACCGAAUGCUCCAUCCUUAAUGCCUACAUUGAGGCCAUUUGCACAGCUCAGCACUUCAUCUACAUAGAGAAUCAGUUCUUUAUCAGCUGGGUGGGCGCAGAGAAGAAUCAACUCGUCGAAAACCAAAUUGCCCAAGCCAUCUACGACCGUGUGGUCAGGGCUCAUUGCGAAAAGAAGCCCUUCCGAGUGUACAUUCUUAUCCCCCUACUGGCGGCCUUUGAGGGUGUACCCGGGGAUAAGAAGUCGGGCUCAAGCAUCCACGCAAUUCUACGCUUCACUCGUACCAGCCUUUUUAAGGGACCCAAUGCACUGAUCUCGCGUCUUCGAAUGGUCAUUCCAGACGUUGAGAACUAUGUCAGUGUCUGCAGCCUCCGCAAGUACGACUGCUGGCCGAAUGGACGAUUUACUACGGAGCUAAUCUACAUACACAGCAAGCUGAUGAUAGUAGAUGAUCGAAAAAUGAUAAUCGGCUCGGCGAAUAUUAAUGACCGGAGUAUGCUGGGCCAUAGGGACAGCGAGUUGGCAGUAGUGGUAGAGGACGAGGUGGAAGAGGAGAAAAGUGGUGUCGUGGCAGAUGUGCGGCGCCGUCUGAUGGCUGAGCACUUGGGGGUGCUCUCUGAUCAAGCUUCGCUCCCCUGGGAUCCCGCCCUCCUCCACCAACCCAUCUCCGAUGCCUUCUUUCAUAGUGUCUGGCGGAAGACCGCGCUGGACAACAUGAACAUCUUCGAGGAGGUCUUCAAUUGCGUCCCGUCGAACAGCGUUCGGCGGUAUUCAGAGCGGUCAACCCAAAUGCAGGGCAAAUGGCCUAGGGGAACAAAGGCUGCUGAGCUUCUGCUCGGGAUCAGAGGUCACUUAUGCGAGUACCCCGAGGACUACCUGGCUGACGAGGAUCUCACCUUUCCUCGAGGGAACGUCGAACAGCUCGCACCCCUCAAAAUCUGGACUUGA